UCAAGGCGCUGAAAGAAGAUUAUGUAUCUCCCCUCUUGUUCCAUAAAUAACUUCCACUCUGUUGAAUGGAGGUUAUUUUAGAUCGUACAUGUGGCGUGAGGCCUUGAGUCCUGCCGCUCUGCAGUUGAGUGACGCUCUCCAGAAACCAGUGGUUAUAAGUGAGUUUUUAAAGUGGUCAUGUCUGAGCAUAGUGAUCAGCAAUCAUACACAGAGGAGAUCGAUGAGGAUGAGAUUCUGGCAGGCCUGUCAGCAGAGGAGCUCAAACAGCUCCAGAGCGAGAUGGACGAAAUCGCUCCUGACCAGAGACUGCCGGUGGGAAUGAGACAGAGAGAUGCUUCUCACCAGACGACAGUCCGAGACUCCAGCGAGCCACAAUCAGAAGAGGAAAUCGAUGAGGAUGAUAUUCUGGCAGGCCUGUCUGCAGAGGAGAUCAAACAGCUCCAGAGUGAGAUGGACGAGAUCGUGCCUGAUGAGAGAGUACCAGUGGGAAUGAGACAGAGAGACCAAACUGACAAACCUCCCUCUGGAUCAUUUGAUCACAGAUCAUUGGUGGAAUAUCUGUACUGGGAGAAAAAGUCCAAACGCAUGCUGGAGGAGGAGAGAGUUCCCACAUCUCUAUUACCCAGUCAGAAAGAAAUGCUAGAUCAACUUGCAGUGAAAGAAGAAGAUAAAGUUGAAAAUGUGGAAUAUGUUUAUGAGGAGAUUGUGGAGGAGGUUGAAGGCGUUGAGGGAGAUGUUUUUGUUGAUGAAGUAAUUGAAGAAGUGAUCAUAGAGGUCGAGGAAGAGGACAACAGAAGAAGUGAACAGCCUGCCAAGACAGGGUUUGAGGUAGACAGCCCCAAAGUGACCACAGAAGAUGCCUUGAAGCCACCUCCAGAGUUUGCAGAUUCAAAAGGUGAAGCAAAGGUUGACCAAGUAGAAUGUAAUGAGACUGAAUAUAAAACAAAUGAGGAGAAAAAAUCUGAUUCCCUCCAGUCUGAGCCUGCUUCCUCACCAUAUGAGAACUGGGUUCCCAAGAAAGAGGAGAGGGUCAUAUCCAAGCUGAAGAUCCCAAAACUUGCCUUAGGUGGAAGUGGUCUCAUUAAAAAAACAGCAAGACCCUCUGGGAAUGAAACCAAUUUAGAGACCACUUUGGAUAAGAUCCGCAACAACAACCCCUCUGUGACUGAUGUCAACCUCAACAACAUUGAAAACAUUCCCAAAGAAAUGCUUCUCGAUUAUGUCAAUGCACUCAAGAAGAAUAGACAUGUUAAGACCUUUAGCAUUACAAACACCGGCGCUGACGAAAAUGUGGCAUUUGCCCUUGCUAACAUGCUCAGAGAGAACAGAAGCAUCACCACACUGAACAUUGAAUCCAACUUUAUCACAGGGAAGGGCAUCGUUGCAGUAAUACGUUGCCUCCAGUUCAACGAGACACUUACCGAGCUUCGCUUCCACAACCAAAGGCACAUGCUCGGUCACCAUGCUGAGAUGGAGGUAUCACGUCUUCUCAAGGCGAACAACACUCUCCUGAAAAUGGGUUACCACUUUGAGCUCCCAGGGCCUCGGAUGGUGGUCACCAAUCUCCUCACUAGGAACUUAGACCGUCAACGGCAGCAGAGAAUGGAGGAGCAGAAGCUUCAGCAGAUGAAGGAGCAAAGAAAGGUCAUGGAGAUGUACGAGGAUUCUCUAAACUUGCCUCCAGGCAUGCUAGAAAUGUUAGGAGGCUAUAUCCCAAUGGCCCUGCUGCAGGGUUCUCAAGAGGUUGAUCAGGAAGUUCCUAAAGGUUCUCCAGAACCUUCACCACAACCAAAUCCUCCUCAGCAGCUCCACAAGACACCCCAACAGCAGUGUCCUCCCAGUUCAGAUGAAGUAAACCUUUUGAAGGAAGUGCAGCUAAGAAAGACUCCAAAACGAAGGGAUCCACUUCUGGAACUGAACUUUAGGGAUGAGAGAAAAGAGGAUAGGGCUAACGUUCAGCUAAGGAGUGUUCCUAAGCAAAGAAGCACAUCAAAUGAAGGACUUGUAGAAGAGAGAGCCAACCUUAAAUACAUGAUAAAGACUCUAAAGCCAGUUCCUCGAAGGCGACAGCCACCUAAAGUGGAGCUAACACCUAGGGAUGAGUUGCUUAAUGAGAUUCGACAGAGCAAUGUGGCCUAUCUCAAAGGGGUACCUUUACCAAAGAUCCUGGAGUCAAGUGAAACCACUCUCUUCUGAACCACAGACAUGACUUCAGUGGCGGGUGGGACAUUGCACUGAUCAUGGAGAGAGUCAAACAUAAAUGUGGUCAAACUAUUUCAUGGUACUUCAAAAUACAUGAUCAAAAAUAACCUCUAUCAAGGAAUAAACUACAAGUAAGCGAUUGCAUAAGCAGUACAAGCGAUAAUGUGAUGGGCAAUUUAAUGGGAUCCUGAACUGUAUAAUUUUACAAGCACAUCAUAUAAGUUAUAUUUUAUAUUAAAGGAAUAGUUCACCCCAAAAUAUGAGAAUUCUCUCAACAUUUACUCACCCUGAUUCCAUCCCAGAUGUGCAUGACUUACUUUCUUCUGCAGAACACAAACAAAGAUUUUUAAAAGAAUAUUUCAGCUCUGUAGGUCUAUACAAUGCAAGUGAAUGGUGACUCUGGUGGUUUAAUACAUGUCUUCAGAAGUGAUAUAAUUGAUUUUGGGUGAGUACAGACCAAAAUAUUAAAAAAAAGAUUACUGUAGGCUACGCCUUUCCAUUGCAGUCCCCAGGCACGAUCAUGAUUUCAGGUUUGAUUACACUUCCUAGUGCUUGACGCAUGUGCAGAGUGCUAGAUAGAGGAUGUGAACUUGAGCUUGAAAUCAUGAUCACCAAGAAGACUGCUGAUGUACAGAUUUAUAGGAGCGAUUGGCGAUAUGACCAAAAUCUUAUAUCAUGAUAUGACUAAUUUGAUAUCAUGAUAACUAUAUAUAUCGUGAUAUAGUUACAUUUUUCAAAACAAUCAAUAAAAAUUAGUUUAUAUAUUAAAUAACCAUAUUAAAAUGCUGCCCUAUGAUGGACUAGCCACCUGUCCCUGCCUUUGACCCAAUACAGCUGGAAUGGGCUCCAUCACAACCCCACGGCCCUGCAUAGGACAAGCGGCUGUAGAAGAUGGUUGGAUGGAUGGAUAUUGAAAUGCCUGUUUUUUUAAUAAUCCAGUCAUUGAAUUACAUACUUUAUAAAUGAAAACUACUUUUAUAUAAUUUUCUCUUUAUUUGGAACUUGUCAAACAUAGUCAGAGUUAAAAAAGAAAAACAAAUCAAUUUGCUUUUAAAUCAACCUUUCCACAAUGCUAAAAUUCACAUUAUGCCACAUUUCAGUCUGAGAUUAUUAUUAUUAAAUUUCCUCAAGAAACUUGACAUCUUCUGAGAGCAAUGCAACAACGAAAAUAAUCCAUAAUCAAAAAAAAAAAAACAAAAAAAAAAAACACUUCAUUAGGCUCUUAAUGAUUUAAGUAAUCUCUGUAGAGUAUAUCUAAAUGCAAAGCCGGUUUGUUUUAUAAUAUCUAACAUCAUUUGAACUGAAUUUUAUUAAGGGUGAUGAUGUUUAGUUUAAAAAUCUGCAUGGCAGACGACACAUAAUUGGUGGCACAUGACUGUUAGAAUGUUGGGCUCUCUCGCCGUUUGAGAUGCUUGACUUCCUCAUAGUGCUUUAAGGUAAAAAAAAAAAAAAAAACUAAAAA